GCAAUAAUAUGACCGACGUACUAUUUUUUUAUAGAAACAGAAGAGAAUCGAAACUGAUCACACAAAAACAUGAGAUUGACGUUCGACAACAGAGACAGCAGCGCUUUCCGCUGUUGCCUAUGUUGCCAUGUUAGGACAGGAACUGUUCUCCUUGGCGUCUGGCAUUUGCUUGCCAAUUUGAUGGUAGUGACUUUCCUGGUAUACUCAUCAAUCAACCCAGAUGUCCUGAGACCUACGCUGCAAAAGUGCAACAUAGGAAACCAGAAUGGUGGCUUUGAGUUGGUGGCUUUCGACAAUGGCAGUGGCUUCAAAGUGGCCGAGGCUCAGCCAUACACAUAUGAGGUGGAUCCUUACAUCAACCGGAUGACCAGGGAGGAUCUGUGUGUGGGGUUUGCCAUUACACUAUGUACACUGUGCGUUACUCUCUUCCUGCUGUACGGCACAAUCAGAAACCGCCCAGGAUACCUGUUGCCGUUUUUCUGUCUCCAAGUGUUUGAUUUCUGCUUGUCCUGUCUUACUGUGGUUGGAUAUUUCUCGUAUGCUCCAAACUUCAAAGUCUGGCUCAAAGAGCAGGGACUGUCAUGUAUGCCCGGUCUGGACAGUGUGGCCAACAUCCAGGGAGACUCUCUGAUGUUGCUCUGUCUCCUCUUCCUUGUCCUUUUCCUUUCUCUGAAGGCGUACUUGAUCGGCAUGGUGUGGGCAUGCUAUAAGUACCUCCAGAUGAGACUGAUCAGCCGUUCCUCAGUACGCGAGUACUCCAUUGAUCCUGACACCGAGGUAUGGGGAAACAACAAGAUGCUCCUUCCCCCAAAGUAUGAGGAGGCUAUCAAGAUGCCUGUGGACCAGAGUCCUCCUCCUCCUCCUUACACUUCGGCCUAAUAACGCCCAUUAUAGAUCACGUCCAGUACGAGAGACCUGGGCUGAGCUAGAUCAUGGAUCUAUGUGAUCAAACAGGAUCCUCAAUACCAUAAACCAGCUAUAUGUGAUGUGAAACACAUGGAUACAAAUCUUUUAUUUAUUAUGUGGCUUGGAAAGGAAACUUUUGACAGAGAAUUUGAUCUCAAAAAACAUCUAAUUGUAAAGCUACUGUAUUCUGGUUAUGGGUUCUUUGUUGUAAUAGAGAGACGAGGUGGAUCACCUAUUUUAACUUUUUUGUGUCAUGCAUUCAUAAUCAGUGUUUAAAUACAUAUUUGCCAUUGAAUAUUGACAGUGUUACACAAAUUUUGAUAUAUAAAUUUAGUGUCAAAAAAUGUAAAGUUGGAAAAUAUUUGAUACAAGUAAUUGUACAUUUAUCAAAGAAACAGGAUUUAAAAAUCUAUUUUGAAAUUUGAUAUCUGAGGCUUGCCUAUCAUUUUGUACACAAAAUAACAAACUAAGGAUUUCUUGUGUUGAAUUUAUACAGGAUUUAUUUUUUGUACAGAAUUUUUAGCCAAUUUGUAAAUAAUUAUAUCUAGAUGUGGGAAAUGUUGCUUUAAUCUUUGGUCCUUUUGAGGUUUUUCUCAUUUAUCGGCUUUUAUCAUAUCACUAGUGCAUCAUGUUAAUCAACUGGACAGUUCUCUGGAAAAUCAACUUACUGAAUCUCUUGUUAAAGGAGUAAAAUAAUCGAUGGUGAUGGAAAGUAAAAAAAAUCUUUAGGAAACAAGUAUGGAUAUUUGAUACAUUAGAUUUGAAUAUUAGCACAGGCAAGUACAUACAUUUUAAAUGAUCUGGUAAUAAGCUAAAAGGAAGUGGAAUUGUUCAAAUGGGGUUAAAUGCUGUUAACAUGUGAAAAGGAAGACAAGUUUAUGAAAUAUCCAAAAGAAAUUCUCCUGAUAUAUUUACAAUCAUAUUCAGAGCUUGGGCACACUGGUGUAGGUUGAUUCAUGCUUCAUCUUCAUGUCAUCUAAUAGCACUUAUUAUGCAGUACUGGUAACAUAUACCUUAAAUUUGAAAUAUUCUGCGUGUCAUAAAUCUUUGAUAGUCUACAUGUUAUAAACUGUCAUAAUAAACUGUUAAGAACUCUCAUUUCUAUUAAUAAGUAUGAAAUAUAACUUGUGCAACUUCUUUCUCUUGAAAUGUAAUACUUUGUAUUUGAUAUAGUAUACAAAUAUUUUUUUGCCGUUCCAGUCAAUUUAAAAGGCGACACUAUUUCUGUAGUAAGACAAUCUUUUUAAAACAUAAUCCUGGUGAAAAGUGUGUAUGACUCGACUAGGUCCUAAAGUCUAAUAGACUGAUAGAGAAGACUGUGAUAAUGUUUUGUGUAAUACGUAAAUCCAGGUCCUACGUUUGGUGUUUUGGUUCUCAUGACAUCAAAUUUGAUCAUUUCUGUUGUGCACAUUUUUGCCUUCAUAUAAAAUUAUUUCAUUGUUAUUUGUCUGUGGAAAUAAUAAAAAAUAGUUCAUAAA